UCUAAAACGACCCGCAAUGGUGUCGGUUGACGUGUACCGCCGCCACGACGCCAUGAGCCCGGCCUGCGCGCUCCUGCAGCCGUACGCAGGUGCUGUCGGGCUCGUCGCGAUACUCCUCUUUGGCUUCCUGCUUGGCUGCGACGAAGCCGCGCCGGCGCCGGCGAUCGCGGGCUGGACCGCGACGCUCGCCGGUGCGCUGCGUUUCUACCCGCAGCUGUGCCUCAACUGGCAGCGCCGUAGCGUCGUCGGUCUCUCGCUGGACGCGCAGGUCUACGCCGUCUUUGGGUUUGGCGCCUACGCGCUCUUCAACUGCGGGUUCUCGUGGACGGCCAACGCGCACGCCAACCCGCUUCUGUCGCCCAUGUCGGUCUACGCCAACCUCCACGCGCUCGUGUUGUCGAUGCUGCUAUUGUACCAAUGCACCAUCUUCAAGCGCGGCGCUCAAGUCGUCUCGACGAGCUGCCAAGUCCUAGUCUGCGCCGCCCUCGUGCUCACGCUCGUUUUCCUUGGCCUCGGCCUGCUUCUUAAUGUCUCGGCGUUCACAUGGCCUAGCUUUGUGGCGCUCACGUGCUAUCUGCACGUGCUUCUGACCGCGAUCAAGUACGCGCCACAGAUCGAGCUGCAGUACGAGCGCAAGUCGACGCACGGCUUCUCGGUCUACGGUGUCGUGUACGACAGCGUCUACGGCGGCGCGACGCUCGCAACGCUGCUGGCCUCGAGCGCCGCGGCGGCCAACCCGUGGCUGCUCGCGAUCGCGUGCAUGACGAUCGCGUUCAGCGCGGUCUUGCUUCUCCAGCACUUUGCUCUCUACUGGCAGCAGCCGCCGAUGGACACUGGCGCGUCCGACGACUGCACGCUCCAGGAGCGCCGUGCGCUCAUUCACGUCUAAGGCACAUUUACAUGUACAUGCA